AAAAUUAUAUUUUAUACGUAUCAAUCUUAUACGUCCCAACGUGGUAGAAAGUUGAAGAGAGUUUGCCUUUUUAUAACUUAAGAUUACAUGAGUGAAAAAGUUAGAUUAUAUAUCUUAAUGUAUUGUUUUUUAAUCAUGAAAAUAUAAUGACCAAUUCAUUUCAAAAAUAAAAAUAAUUCAAAAAAUGUGCUCUUAAUAAAUAAAUUGUAAGAUACUGAUAAUCAAUAUUUUAUUUAUUUUGAUAAUUUUGUUGAUAAAAUAUAGCUGAACUAAAAUUAUGAAUAUAUAAUAUGAAAAAAUAAAAAAAAAUCAAACUAGGUGAAAUGGUACAUGAACCCAAAUGAGAACACUUAAAAUGUUGAGUGUUUUGUCGAUUUGUUUAUUUUGAAAAUUUUAUAUGAAAAAAAAUUAAAAUUCAUACUUGGUGAAAUGGUACAUGAAUCCAAAUGAGAACAAUUAAAAUGUUGAGUGUUUUGUUAAUCACAAAUGUAUGAAAAUAUCCGUCUAAAUUUAUUGAGUGUUUUGAAGAAUAAUAUAGGAUCCAAAGAGGAUAGGAAUAUAUGUUAGUAUUUAAAGAAAACACAGAAUAAAAAAUACAAGAAACAAGUCUAUAUGAGAUGAAUCACUCUUGGUAAUGAAUGAAAGAUAAAAUCAAAUAAAAUAUGUGCAUUAAAAUGAUAAAAUCUCUUCUAUAAUAGCUUCUGCUUAGUCUUUGGUCAAGUCUUUGUGUUUAUUUCUUUGAUUUAAUUUCUUCAUUGCCUUAGAUAUAAAGGUCUAAAUGGGAAAUGAAUUUUGUAGAUUGUAUUAAAUCUUUUAAAAAAAUCUCAGCAUGCGCGUUGCAAUUAAUUUACCACCAUCCCACAAACCUUAUAUAUACCAACACAUUAGAUUGCCAACUAAUAAAAAAAACUCAUCAUUUCACUUCAAAUACAAAGACGAUGGCUUCUAUAUUCUUUUCAGUUCUCUUGGCUCUAUCAGUACUCUCUUCACCCUUUCUCCUAAACGCAAACGCUCAUACAAAACUUGGCUUCAGCGCGGAUCUGAUCCACCGCGACUCUCCUAAAUCGCCUUUCUACAAUCCGACAGAAACCUCUGCUCAGCGUCUAAGAAACGUGGUUCACCGAUCCGUAAACCGUGUUGUCCAUUUCAACGGAAAAGAUGCAUCAGUUAACUCACCUCAAACUGAGAUAACCUCAGAUGGAGGUGAAUAUCUCAUGAAUAUAUCGCUGGGGACUCCUCCCUUCCCGAUCAUGGCGAUCGCUGACACGGGAAGCGAUCUCCUAUGGACCCAGUGCAAGCCAUGCGAUGACUGUUACACUCAGGAUGGUCCUCUUUUUGACCCUAAAGCGUCUUCUACAUACAAAGACGUUUCUUGCUCCUCAAGACAAUGUACUGCCCUUGAGAAUCAAGCCACUUGUUCGACAGAAGACAACACUUGCUCCUACACUUUGUCUUACGGGGACAAGUCUUACACAAAGGGUAAUGUUGCCGCCGACACCGUAACGCUUGGCUCCACUGAUAACCGCCCCGUGCAGCUCAAAAAUAUCGUCAUUGGAUGUGGUCACAAUAACGCUGGAACAUUCAGCAAGAAGGGCUCUGGAAUCAUUGGACUUGGUGGCGGUUCGGUUUCGCUCAUUUCGCAACUCGGAGACUCAAUCGAUGGCAAAUUCUCGUACUGCUUGGUCCCUCUCUCUUCAGAUAACGAUAAAACAAGCAAGAUCAACUUUGGAACUAAUGCGGUUGUGUCGGGAAAUGGAACUGUCUCAACUCCAUUGAUCACAAAAUCGCAAGCAACAUUCUAUUACCUAACCCUAGAAUCCGUUAGCGUGGGUAGCAAGAGUAUCAAAUACCCAUCGGUAUCAGAUUCUUAUGGAAGCAGCGGCAAGGGGAACAUCAUCAUCGACUCUGGCACAACUCUGACCAUGUUCGCAACCGACUUUUACUCCGAACUCGAAGAUGCGGUUGCGUCCUCAAUCGAUGCUGAGAAAAUUAACGAUCCACAAAACGUGUUGAGUCUGUGUUACAGCGCAACCGCUAAGCUGAAUGUUCCAGUCAUUACUAUGCAUUUCGAUGGAGCAGAUGUGAAGUUAGACUCCUCCAAUGCCUUCAUACAAAUCUCUGAGGAUUUGGUUUGCUUCGCCUUCCGUGGGGACGACCAGUUGGCCAUUUACGGGAAUAUAGCACAGAUGAACUUCCUUGUUGGCUACGACACCGUUUCUAAAACGGUCUCAUUCAAGCCAGCAGAUUGUGCAAAAAUGUAGCUGGUUCUUUCUAUUCUUCAAACUAUACUAGUUUUUUUUUAACAAUAAUAAUGACUGAAUUUAUUUUGGCC